AUGAUAAAGACAAAUAAUGAAUUGAAAAAGUGGUAGAAUCAAGAAAACCAAUAAGGAAAGUCUUAGAUAUUUCGUAUUUCUAAAAUGAAACCACAAUGUUAUGAUAUUUCACCAUGUCGCAAAAUUAUUUGUGUUGGAUAUACUAAUAAGAGUCUAAUCUUUUGGGACUUUGUAAAUUGCUUCAAAUUACAAUGCCAUCAACUCUCCUUUAUUCCCAUGUAGAUCUUGUACUCAGCAGACGGUUAAUACUAACUUAUUAGAUCAAAACAAAAUCCAAAGAAAAUUUAUAUCUAUAAAUUGUCUAACAUGGAAUACGAAGAAAUAGUUUCAUCACAUUAUUUAUAUCAAAAGAUUAUGCAGUUUAAUUCAUCUCAAAAUCAUGAGGCUUUAAUGAUGGGAUUAUCCCAUAUAAGUGUAAUCAACUAUUAAACUAAAUCGAUAUAAAAAUAAAUUGAGUUACAAUUCGUCUCUCUAACUACUCUAAAAAAUAAAGAACAAAUAUGCACUAUCGAUUGUCAUCAUGAUACUGCUGAAAUUAAUAUCCUAUUACUUAGAAGAAAUCUCAAAAUAAUUAAGAGGACUUUCUUUAAUGUGUAACACGGGAACAUAAACAUCAAAACAAAUAACAAUAAUUACUUCAUUGUUUCUAGCAAUAAGUCUAAAAAUAGAAUUUGGAACAUCUAAACAAUGAAAUUGCUGAGAAAGAAACACUAUGGAGAUGAUUAAAUAAGCGAACUUGUUAUCAAUUAAUUCUCAAAUCUAGUUUAUUUCCAUCUAAGUUCCUACGGAAUUGUAGCAUGGAAUAUCACUACUGGACGACAUAGAGUUGUGGUAGAAGAUUAAUAAAAUAGACUUUCUGGUCUACAAGUAAUAUCAAAUUGCUAAUUGAUUUAUAAAAGUAAUUGGCAUGUUCAUUCAACAGUUUGUUUCUGA